GACCCAACCUACAAGCUCGUCGAACAGCUCGUCACUUCUCUCCGAAGAAGGCAAACUGUCGGCUCCCUCAAUGUCGCACUGGCUACGGCGGUGCUCAUUCAUACGGUCGUCCGAUCAUCGAAAUAUGCCAACUUCGAGUAUCUGAUUGGGCUUAUAAAGCUCGUGGGGAGGCAGUUGGCAGAGGCGAAUCCGAAAGAACUCGCAUCCGGCAAUAUCAUCCGCCGUAUCCUCCGUCUCAUCCGAGAAGAAUACCGCGCCGCCGCCCAUGCCGCCUCCCACAUCCCUACCACACCCAGCACCUCCGCCCCUCAGACACCCUAUACCGGUAUCCAAACGCCCGGGAUCCUCGCCCCUGCAGGCCACUUCCUUUCUGACGGUAGCAGCAGCUUGGCCGGAUUCGGACUGGGUAUGUCCAAUCUGACCAUGUCGACCUCCGCAUCGCCGUCUUCGGGCCGUACGCCGCUCUUCUCCCCCGAGACCUCGCGAGUCAACUCGGCCGACGAUCUCAAUGGCGCGAAUGCCAAUGCUAGUGCGAAUAAGGGCUUUGCGGCGCAGUUGAGGAAGACGGGGUAUGAGACGCCGACGCCGGGCCAGAUGACGGCCCGAUUGGACCCAGAGGAGUUUAUGCGGCAGUCGGCCAAGCUCAAGCCGGUCUUCCUGCAGGCGAUAGAGGAGGUGAUGGGGGAGUUGGAGACGACGCAUGAGGACGUGGCGAAGGGGGCGAGGGAGCAUGUGCAUUCUUCCGAGAUUAUCUUGACGCUGGGAUACUCGAGGACGGUAGAGGCGUUCUUGAAGACCGCGUUCAAGGAUCGCAAGUUUACAGUCAUCGUUGCGGAAUCUGCACCUUCACACCUAGGCCACCGCCUCUCCCACUCCCUCUCCCAAAACGGCAUCCCCACCCUCCUCAUCCCCGACUCCUCCCUCCACGCACUCAUGCCCCGCAUAACCAAACUCGUCAUUGGCUGCCACUCGGUUUUGGCCAACGGCGGCCUAUUCGGUCUCUCCGGAUCGCUGUCCGCCGUCCUUGCCGCGAGAGCGCACAGUAAGCCGGUGGUGGUGGUGACGGGACAGUACAAGUUUGCGCCGGUUUGGAAUAUGAAUUUCGAGCAUGGGAGUUUGGAUUUUCAGGGUGGGAGUGCGUUCGCCGCCAGCGCAGGAGAAGGAGGGCGGGAGGAGGGGAUGGGGGCCAGGAAUUGGGAAGGGGUGGAGGUUGAGAGUGCGUAUUGGGAGUAUGUGAGGCCGGAGCUGGUGGAUCUCUUUGUGACGAAUGAGGGCGAUCACGCGCCAUCAUAUAUCUAUAAACUCAUCAAGGAGGCGUACGAUGAGGAGGAUAUGGAUCUGUAG